CAGAUUUUGGGCCGUUUCGGCCAUACCGGUGCAAGUCUAAGGCGCUCGGCGACAGCAUUGACGCAUGCGAGGAGCCGCAUUGACGCAUGCGAGGAGCCGUGCGACGCCUCACGCGGGUGGCAGCUCUGCAUCGCGCCCUCACACGAUCGACAGCCCUGCAGCACGCUGCACGACGCGCAUCGAUGGCGGCUGCAGCCGGCAAAGCGCUCCCGCGCGUGGCAGUGGGCCAACUCAACAGCACCGGCGACCACGCGGCGAACCUGGCGCAAGCAGAAAAGCUCUGCGCGGCCGCGGCCGCGGCGGGCGCCAAUCUAUUGUGCCUGCCCGAGGCGUUCUCCUUCAUCGGCGCGAGCCCGCAAGAAACCAUAUCCCAGGCCGAAGCGCUGGAUGGCCCGCGCCUCGAACAAUAUAGAACGCUCGCGCGGCGCCACGGCCUCUGGCUGAGCUUGGGCGGGUUCCACGAGGCCGGCGCGCCUGGUAAUCGCGUCCACAACACGCACGUCGUCGUCGACGCGGCGGGCGCCACCGUCGCGGAGUACCGCAAGAUCCACUUGUUCGACGUCGACGUGCCCGGCGGCGCAACACUCUUGGAGUCUAAAAGUACGACGCCCGGGAAAGCAGAGGCCGUCGUCGUCGACGCGCGCGACCAGUUGGGCUUCACGUUCGGGCUGACGACGUGCUACGACGUGCGCUUCCCCGAGCUCUACGUGGCGCUGGCGCGGCGCGGGUGCGACGCGAUCCUCGUGCCGUCGGCGUUUACCGUGCCGACGGGCGAGGCGCACUGGCACCUACUACUCCGCGCGAGGGCGGUGGAGUCGCAAUCCUACAUUUUGGCAGCGGCCCAAUCAGGCGCGCAUAAUGAAAAGAGGCGGUCGUACGGCCACGCGCUAGCCGUGGACCCGUGGGGCGUCGUGGUGGCGGACGCCGGCGACGCCGCGCCAUCUCUCGUCACGGUGGACCUCGACCUGGAGAAGGUGAGGUCAAUUAGAGAGAAGAUGCCGAUCCAGGCCCACCGGCGGCGCGACGUCGUGGAGUUGCUAUUGGACGAUGGAUAAGUUAUUCGCU